GGGAAUCGAAAGAGAGCUGUCGUUGUGUGGUGCAUUGUGAGUGCCAUUUUUUUCUCAAUAGCAAUAGCUAGAGCGCUCUAAAGAUUAUAAAAAGUCACUUUGGCAGUAUUAUACCCAGCAUGGCAUCUGAGACAUCACACCUUCUAGCCCACACCACCGACAGCGAUGACGACGGAGCGGGACCGAGCAGAGUCACUGCCCCACCGGCAAACCAAGCAAGCCUUCCCCGGACCAACACCGCGUCAUCCCCGGACAACCCACCUCCCCUACGCGGUGCAGACGAGACUCAACCCCUGCGGUCCGUCCCUCCCGUCCCGCUGACCAGACUCAAGACCGUGGUCAACGCCUACAUCAUGUGGUUCCCGUUCGGAUUUUUCGGUUUCCAUCACUUCUAUCUCAAGAACAUCUCCAUCGGUUUCAAUUACAUGUUCACCUUUGGGCUGUUCGGGUUCGGUUGGUUUGUGGAUUUUUGGCGUAUACCCAUGCUGGUCAAGGCUGCUAAUGCUGAGAUCGAAGCCAAAUGGAUAUGGGAGCAUGAGAUUGCCGAAGUGCCGAACCGAGACGAAGUUCCCGAAUUCAAAUACGAAAAGCCGAAGCGUCUGUCAGACUGCUACCUUCUUGGAUUUACCACUGGAUUUUUAGGUUUCCAUCAACAUUAUCUUGGCCGUCACGUCCUCGGUUUGGUCUACAUCUUCACCUUCGGUUUGUUCAUUGUGGGCGUCGUGAGUGACUGGAUCCGCAUGCCCAUUCACCUCAAACGCUACAACCAACGGCUCUCCAACAAGCUCCAAGGCAUCGAGCAGCCUCCGAGGUACUACCUGGAUGAUGCCUACGUCUUUGCCGUUCCAGGCGGGAUCUUUGGUUUCCACAACUUCUACCUCGGUCGGUACUUCUGGGGGAUCGUCUACCUGCUGACCCUUGGCGUGCUCGGCAUGGGAUGGGUGGUCGAUCUCAUCAGAAUGCCAUUCCUGGUAGAGGAAGCCAAUCACCGGGCCAAGGCCGGACGGACGGGAUAUGACGGCGUGGAGGAAGGGACCAAGUACCAGUCCGUCGAGGAGGAUUUCCCGCGGAUCAAUCCGUACUACUCGGACUAUAACUCCGGUCAGUCUCAAUGCUCCGUCUCUCAAUCCGAUACCUCCGCGUCCGCGGGCCCUGCUACCUCAAGGAGCAGACCUGCACGCCCUAAAAGGAGUGUCUCAAAGCCUCGACAUUUCAAGGAGUUCCUGUCAUCUACUGAGGCCGAGCCGACCGCCCCAUCGCAACCACAAGAUGACAUCUCACUCCCCUCUCACUCAUCAGGCGGUGUACCGGAGCCACCUCCUCCUUAUGCCCCGGUGGCUGAUCCUGGUAGUGCUUUGCCAAAUGAUGAAACCGAGAUUUGAAGCAACGUUGGCAAAAUGUACAUUCUCAUACCAUUGAGUUCAUUGCAAUCACAAGGCUGUGUCA